AUGCCUUGCAUGGGCAUCCUGCAUCCCGACACAACCUACGCCGAGAUCGACAAGAGGGAGCUCCACCCCAUCGUCGCCGCCGCCGUCUGUGCCAUGACCUCUCGGAUCAUCGCCCCCGGCCAUGAACAUGUCCCAUUUGCCGAACAGUGCGCAGACCGUGUGGACUUCUACCUUUUCAGCAACAUCAACUCGCUGCUGCGCAAGCCGGCCCACAAAAACCUGGUUGUGCUCGUAUGUGCCAUCUGCCACUUCUGGCACGAGAAUCAGACGGGCAAGGUGUGGAUGUAUAUGUCGCUUGCCGCACGCCUCAUUACUGCCCUGCAGCUCAACAGGGACGGCGCGGGCGGGUCCCUCGUCGAACAGGAGAUGAAUCGACGGCUGGUGUGGGCGUGCUACAUACUGGACCGUCUGCUGGCGGAUGGGUCCGACGAGCACCUCGUGCUGCGGGAUGACAACAUGCACCUCGGACUUCCCGUGAGCGAUGAGGUGUUGUACCAAGCCGUCAGGGAUGAAGCCUCCAAGGCCGUGAUGUCACUGGUCAACCGCCUCCAGAGCCAGCUAGUUGUCUUCAGGACGACAUUGCCCGAGGAAUUCUUGCUGACAGAUGCCAAUAUCAACCGCUUUCUAAACUCGCCAUGGGGGCCGAGCUUUAUAAUGCUGCACACUCUCUCCCACGUCCUCCACAUUGACCUUUACCGCUUCACGGUACCAGGAAUCCGCGAGGCGGCCAGUCCAGACCUGUUAGAGGAGUUGCCUAACGACUUUGUUUACAAAUCCCAGAGACAGGCGGUCGGCUACGCAGUCAGUCUGGCCCGGUUUUUGCGGGUUCUGCAGCUCAUCGUGGCCCGGCGGCCCCCCGGGACCAGCACCGAGGAGCUCCUCACAGUGGACGAAAUGUUUGCAAUAUAUGUUGUUCAACCGACCAAGAUACUGCUAGCGGCAAGGCGACACCGCUUGUUUAAUGACCUUGAAUCCAGCACCGCGCCCCUGGCCCGCCCGGAAGCUGUCGAUGAUGCCGCCCUAGCGGCUCUCGUACAGUCCAACAUGCAACUAAUCUCUCGCUUCGCCCGCUUCUUUCCUCGUGUUUUAGAAAUAGUGAGCUUAGGUCCCCCUCUGUUCUUCACACCGAAGUUGUGGUCAUUGGCUAAUCACGCGGCCCAGACCCAAGAACUUCAGCACGAGGUCGACAACUUUUCGCAUAACCCUCACAACAACCAUGUGGGCCCGGUAGGCACGUCGCCCGCGGCCGGGCCGUCAGGGCCGUUGAGACUACCGGCUCCUCAUGACCUCCUCGAGCGUGUCUUCAGACCAGAAGAAGCGGACAGGUACGAGCAGAGGAACAACAGGUCAGCCGCUGACCGCUGGCUCCAAUCGAAGAAGAUUGAAAAGAAACGGAGCUCGGCGCUGAUGACGCCUCCGAUGAGCAUUGCCACAGACCCGGCGGCGUCCAUCUCGCUCCCGGCCAGCGGCGCCCCAGAGAUACCCGGCUGGCUCGCAGAGGCACGGGGCUGCGACCCUGUGUCGAAAUCCCCUUCACAAGGCAGCGGGGGAACCAGCCCCGCAGAUGCCCAAGCUUGUUUCACGAACCCGUACGGUGCCGGCCUGGGUCUGACCGGCGCGCACCCGGAUGGCGAUGCCCGGUCCAUGCCGCGUCGUCGGCAAACGAACUUUGAUAGGGCGUACCACAUGACGCCAUUGAUGGUACACGAGGAGCGCGCCAUGGGCAGUGAGAGUGCCGCCGCCAUUCCGAACUAUAACGAGCCGAGCAACAACCAGGCGCCGUAUAAUGGACGAAACCACAACGGGCCGAGAAACAACCAGGCAGCGCAUCGUGGACGAAACCCUAGUGGGCCGAGAAGCACCCACAAAUCACGGCUCAAUGGCCCACCAUCGUACUUUGAAUGAAGGAGCAGCGGUGGAAGUUGUGCGCUGGCGCAGGUCUACAGGCCGGAAUUUGUCUUCGAAGCGAGUUCAUCAGACUAGAAUGUAGAGCAUUCCCACCCCCGACCUGCGCACGACCUCAACUGUAUCGCUGUUCGGGUAGUUCAAGUCGAGCCCAGACGACAUCCUCCGCCGCCAAUGCCCG